AUGGCAGAAUCCCUCAAAGACUCUGUCUCAGCCAUCAACAGAAUCAGUAGUCGAAUCAUGGCUGUGAGGAUAGACACGAAGGAGGGGUACUGGACAAUUAUAUCAGUGUGCACACCUCAAGCCGGUUGCCCCGCCCACGAAAAGGAUUAG